UGCUCACAGAUGGAGACAGCAGUAAAACUGAUGUUUAUCUCUAUGGCCAUAAAGCCCUGGAUGAACAGUUUGAGGUAAAUAAACUCACUGAACAGGAACAAUAUAAUAACUAAAGAUGAGAUUUCUGCAGAUGAGCCAAAACAUUUCACAGACAGAGCUUUGGGUUAGUCUGGUGUGGUGAAAUGCUACUAACGGCGAUGCUACACAAAACAUCCAAAGUUCCACCACAAUGGGAGCCGUUCUCUGAGGCCCAUGCACUGUGUUCAGAUGACACUUUACCGCAGAUGACUUCUCUGUCUCUCUCUUAGGAUGACUGACAGCUGCACCUCUUGAACCCCAGCAUGCCUGUGGUGCUACUGGGCGGGGCAUCCUCCUCCCACCAUGUUGUACCUGUUGCCCUCACUUGCUCCUGGGUUCUGCUGCUGUUCCACGCCACCUUCGGUCAGAAACCUGCCAAGCUACCUCUGAUCAGCCGGAAGCCGUUCAUUGCUGCCUGGAAUGCCCCGCUGGACUUGUGUGCCAUGAAGUACAACAUCACCACUAACCUGGACCACCUCUUCCACAUCCACGGGAGCCCACGUGCUAAUUGGACAGGCCAGAACGUCACCAUCUUCUACGCCAACCGACUGGGCUACUACCCCUAUUACACCCUGCAGGGCGCUGCCGUGCAUGGUGGCCUGCCCCAGAACUGCAGCCUAGACCUGCACCUUUUCAAGGCCUACCAGGAUAUCAACCACUUCAUCCCUGCAGAGGACUUCCGCGGCCUGGCCGUCAUCGACUGGGAGUUCUGGAGGCCUCAGUGGAGCCGUAACUGGUACAGGAAGGACAUCUACAGGCAAAAGUCUAAGGAGCUGACAGAAAAAGCAUACAUUAAUGUGACGGCAGCACAGGUGGAAGAGCUGGCACAGCGGCGGUUUGAGAAAAGCGCCCGGUUGUUCAUGCAGAGGACCAUCCAGCUGGGGACACAACUUCGCCCCAAUGGGCACUGGGGCUUCUACCUCUACCCUGACUGCCACAACUACAACCUGCAUGAGCAGAACUACACAGGCUUCUGCCCCCUGCUGGAGAGGUUGGCGCUGUGGCUGGUGAACAGCAGUACAGCGCUCGUUCCCUCGGUGGCGAUAAGUAAAAGUCAUACCAACAGCGUCAUCAACCUGCACUUCUCCCAGCACAGGAUCCAAGAGGCGCUCCGUGUCUCCUCGCUCACCUCGAAGGACUAUGACCUCCCCACCUAUGUAUACCUGAGGCUGGGAUACCGAGACGAAGCCCUGUCCUUCCUCACCACAAAAGACCUGAUCCACACCAUUGGGGAGAGCGCUGCUCUGGGAGCUGCAGGGUUCGUCAUCUGGGGUGACCUGAACCUGACCUCAUCCAGGGAUAACUGCACCAAGGUGAAGUCCUUCCUCAGCCACCGCCUGGGUCAGUACAUUAUCAACGUGACGCGAGCUGCCGAGGUCUGCAGCGACUUCCUGUGCCAGGGGAAUGGCCGCUGCGUCCGUCGGGACCCCCACGCACCCCAUUACCUCCAUCUGAGUGCCGACAGUUACCACAUCCAGGCUUCUGGUGACGAAGACUUCACCGUCACUGGUUGGCACUUGCAGCACGAACUGCAGCUCCUCACUGAGAGGUUUCGCUGUCACUGCUAUGAAGGACACGAGGGCAAAAACUGCGACAGCAUCAACAAAGUGAAGGAGGAUGACGUGCUGUGGAGGGAAGAAGAGGAAGAGCAGGAGCAGGAGAGGAGGAGGAUGGAGUGGGAGGCUGAGCUUGUUAGAAGUGUAGAGGAUUAG